GAAUAAAUAAGUAAAGCUCCAUAUCACUUUAUUUGUUUUCGGUUGCUUGAUCCUCUUUCCUCCUUUCUGAACCUCGAUUCUUCGAGACUUCCGUGAUACUUCAUAAGUCACAUUUGGAAGAGAAGAACAAGAGAGAAAGCCCUUGCUUUGAUUUCAUUCUUGCUUCUGGUUUCUUUAUCACUAACAGAUAGAUCCGCAUCGCAUGACCCCUGAAUAUCAACUGCCAGAACAUCCAACUACAUUCAUCCGUUUUCCUACUUAUACGGCCGAUUUCGAUUGCGAUUUCGAUUUCUCUCAUUGAUCUGUAUGUACCGUGGCAAUAACUUUAACUUCCACUCGACGACGACUUUAACACGCAUUUAUCAUUUAUCAUUGCAUUUAAUCAUUCAUUUCAAACAUUUGAAUUCCUGUGCAAGGGCUUUCGUUCCUCUUUAUCUCCUGCAACAGAAGCAUACGUCAUCCCUGCGGUAAACAUAACGAGCAUAUCAUUUCGAUACAAAGGAAAACAUUUGGAUACAGGGUUUUCGAUAGAUACCUCGUAUCAAUACUUGACUUAUCUAUCUGUCCGAAAUAUUCUUUUGAAGACCAAGGAAUACAAAAUUUCCUUCAAUUGAGGUUUCCCACCGUGUUUUGACGUCUGGUGUUCGAGUUGGAUUGGGCGGACGACAUUUACACAAUCCAAAUAUGGCGAAUACACCACUUCCAGAUGGCGAACCGCAAUGGAAUAGUAAACCGCAAUUCAGAUUGCCCGGGUGGGCGGAACCAAUUAUGGUGGCCAGUAUCUUAUUCGGAUCUAUGGUCCUUACGAGAAGACAUGGAUAUAAGAUAUUCGAUCGAAGGCGAAACACAUACGGAUUAUUGAGCGAGGAACCCGAUUCCGCACGCUCGUCCGACGAUUUGCUAGCUCGGGACUACAUGAUUGGCAGCGGACGAGAUUCAGACGUCGAUUCGAUGUCGACGUCGAAAUAUCCCCCCAAGAAGAGAAGAUGUUGUGGCACGAAUCUCCUGACGCCGAAUACCUCGAGAUUUCGAGAUUACUACCACAGUCGAAUAUUACAGAAAUUUCCAUUUCUGAUUGAGAUGUUCUAUUGGAUCGUUACGUAUGCCUUUUAUCGAUGUACGAAGAUCCUCUCGCAAGCAAUGUUUUCCAAAAUGGGCAUUUGGGAUGUGGCUCAGGAUCAUGGGUUGGCGAUUUUGGAAUUUGAGGAAUUCUCGUGGAUGAGCUUUUUGUGGCCGGUGAGGGAACAGGAUGUACAGAAGUGGUUUUUGAAUGGUCAUGGGACGCUUUUGACUGUUUUGAAUCGUUCUUAUGCCUUGAUUCACAUUCCUGGUACUGUCGGAUUCAUCGCGUUCUGGUACUAUGUAGCACCAUCUCAUACAACUUUUGCAACCGUUCGCCGCACCAUGACUCUUACCAAUCUUUUCGCCUUCUGCAUCUUUAUCCUCUACCCAUGUAUGCCACCGCGUCUUCUUCCCCCUGAGUAUGGAUUCCUCGACAGCGUCGGCCGCAAUAACGCACAAUCCGUUUGGAUGCAAGGAAACUACGUCAACUCGCUCGCUGCCAUGCCAUCCAUGCAUUUUGGAUAUUCAUUCUGCAUCGGCGUGACCUUAAUCUAUCAUUCUGGACUCUUCCGUCGCAAUCUCGAAACGGGCGAAAAGCGCAAGAAUAAAUUCUGGAUGCUCUUUUAUGUUUUCCUGGGACUCGCUUAUCCGCUUUAUAUCCUGAUCACGAUUGUGGCAACGGCAAAUCAUUAUUACCUCGAUGCGUUUGUGGCGUUCUUCGUGGCGAUAGCGGCAUUUUUGUGUAAUAGGAUAUUCCUCAUCUUGUUACCUGUGGAAGAUUUAUUGUUUUGGUGUCUAAGAUUGGAGAAACCUAUUCCAACGACGGGAGAUAGGUUUAGGAGGAAGAGCAGUCGUUAAGCCUAAUGGCUUUCGAAGAGAAGGAUAGUGCCAUUCUACUAGCUUCUGAAAUGAAGUUGUCGAAGACUAUGGAAAAGAUAAAGAGAGGGGUGGAUGGGCGUUUUCUAGCAUUUUUAGGAUGGGCUGGGUUGGAAAGAAAGGAAUUCUUCUGAGCGAGCAUAUUCAUGCACAUGUGGUUACUGUUGCAUAUAUUUUGUCUUCGGAUUUUUUGUAUACUCAUCAUAUUGAGUAUUUUGGAUGGAUACCAGCAUGGCUUAAAGCCUUUAAAGUAACGGCGCAUGGGAAAUGGAAAGCUGGAGUUUGACUUGUAGUUUGAAUGCA